AAAGAAAAGAUAUCAGAAUCACAAUCCAACUCUGAACCCUUUUUCGUUAUGUUGAGUUCUAAUUGAAAUCUGAUAAUGGGAUCAAGAGAAAUUAAUACCAAAUACUAAACCAAACGAUAAACUAUAUAAGUUGGUGGAAGGAGGAGAAGGAGGAGAAGGAGGAGGAGGAGAAGAUGAUGAUGAUGAUGGGGGAAACAUGGGCUGGAUUUGGGUCAACGGUGGCCGGAAUCAUGUUCGCUUUGGCCAUGUUUAAGCAGUACUUCCCUCAACAACUCCGGGAUCUGAUACAGGGCUACACGUCCCAGUUGAUGAAAAUAUUGAACCCAAACAUGCAGAUCACCUUCAACGAACGCAGUGGUGGGCGUUUCAGCCGUAACGAGGCUUACACAGCCAUAGAAGGCUUCCUCAGUACCCAUUCCUCAACACAAGCAAAACGCCUCAAAGCCGAUAUCACCACCAACUCCGCCAAACUCGUCCUCAACCUCGACAACCACGAAGAGAUCACCGACCACUUCCAGGGCGUCAAGCUCCUUUGGUCCACCCAUGUCGAUACCAACAAGGACCGCGACGGCUUCAUCGAGGAGAAACGCUCUUUCAGUCUCUCCUUCCAUAAGAAACACCGCCAACUCGUCAUCAAUAAUUACCUGAAUCAUGUCAUCGAGGGGGGCAAGGCUGUGGUGGUAAGCAACCGCCAGCGCAGGCUUUAUACCAACGACGCCGACUCCUGGGCUGGUCCCUGGACCUAUGUGGCUUUCCAACACAAAGCUACGUUCCAAAAUCUUGCCAUGGAUCCACUCAAGAAGAAGCAAAUCGUGGACGAUCUCAUCACAUUCAGUAACAGCAAAGACUACUACGCCAAGAUCGGUAAGGCUUGGAAGAGGGGUUACUUGCUAUACGGCCCUCCAGGUACCGGCAAGACCACCAUGAUCGCCGCCAUGGCCAAUCUGUUAAAUUUCGAUGUCUAUGACCUUGAACUCACCGCCGUCAAGAACAACACGAAGCUACGGAAGCUCUUGAUUGAAUCCUCCGGCAAGUCCAUCAUCGUGAUCGAGGACAUCGAUUGUUCCCUUGAUCUCACCGGCAACAGGAAGAACGAGAAAGAAUCCGAUUCCGACUCCGACUCUGACUCCGAUUCCGACUCGGAGGAAGAGAGUGAUAACACAAGAAGCAGAAGCAAAGUAACUCUGUCAGGACUUCUCAACUUCAUAGAUGGGCUCUGGUCAGCCUGCGGCGAAGAAAGGAUUAUCGUUUUCACCACAAACCACAAGGAGAAAUUGGAUCCAGCCCUCAUAAGGAGUGGUCGCAUGGAUAUGCACAUUGAAAUGUCCUACUGUUGCUUCGAAUCGUUUAAGGUCCUAGCGAAGAAUUACCUGGACAUCGAUACACACCCUUUGUUUGAUACGAUUCGUGGUUUGCUGGAAGAAACCCAGACUACACCUGCGGAUGUUGCAGAGAAUUUGAUGCCUAAGACAAUCAAGGGAGAUGCCAAGACUUCCCUCGAAAACCUAAUUGGAUAUCUUCAAGCUGCCCGGGAUAAGAGGAAGGCGGAAUUAGCCUCAGACAAAAAGGUAGACUCUAAAGCCCGAUCAAACAUGGUACAAAAAUCAUUCUCGCACGAGGACAUCAUUCAGACUCAAAUAGACGAGACUCGAGGAUGAUACAUUGGUGUCCACAGCCAAUAGAUGGUGUGAGAUGAUUACAAGAGAUCAUGUCGAGGAGAGAAUCCAAGCAAGAGAGGAUGAGUGCGCUAUUAGGUUCACAUGUUUAAUGACUCGGAGGAGGGAGGAAGCUUCCACAUUGGGGUCACGUCCUUGUCUGUUCUCUUUUUUGUAUUUAAUGACUUGCCACUUUCAAGGAAUCGUAGUUGAGCUUCCAUUAAUUAAAUAUAGAUUUUUUUUUUAAUUAGGUGGAAUUUGUAAUUUUUAUUUCAGUUUUGGAUUGAUUUCAUGACAUAAUUAAUAGAAUGAAAAUUGUUUAGAAUGCA